AUGUCUAUUAAAAGAAAAGCACAUGAAAUGAAAGAAGGAAACAAAAAACCAAAGGUGAAGGAAACUCAAGCACCAUUAGAUAGAUCGUCAAGUCUAAAUAAUGUAGAAGAAACCAUUGAAGAUAUUAUUGCUAGAGAGCUUGAAGAACUUAAAAAUUCAAGCCAAAGUAAAAUUUCAAAACAAGCUUCAAAUAAAAAAGGAAAACAAUUAUUUGAAGCAAUGGAAAUUGGGUGUGAAUGUGUUAUUUUUGUCCGAACUCGCUUGCCCAUAGAUCCUGUUGAUUUUGUUGGAAAGGUUUGCAAAGACGUCAAAUAUGGCAGCCAAAUAAAAAGAAGUCGUUUUGCUCAACGCCUCACACCUAUCGUUUGUACUGCAACUGCAAAUAUUGAAGGCUUAAAUCGUCUCUUUAACACAGUACUCGCACCCGAAUUUUAUAAUAGAGGAGUUCCACAAACAUUUGCCAUUCGUCCGACUUUGAGAAAUCAUAAUGUUCUUUCUCGGGAAGACAUUAUUAAUAAGACUGCUAAGUUUAUAAUAUCAGCGCCGAUCCAUGAUAAAACUGAAAACAAUGAUAUGGAAACUACGUUAACCAAGUCUGAACCUCCCAAAAAAGAAAAAAUAAAGAACUCAGUAGAUUUAAAAAAUUACGAAAAAAUGGUUAUUGUUGAGUGUUAUAAAUCAAUAGUUGGAAUGUCAGUGGUUGGCCCAGAAUUUGAAAAGGAAUACCAUAGAUUUAAUCUUGAACAGAUUUUCACUACUAAAACAACAUUAACUGAGUCUACUUCCAUCUCAAUAGACCAAAUCUCAAAUUUAACACAUGAUGACAAAUCUAACACUACAUAG